UCCUUGUGCAAAUUAUAUUGUUAUAGUUUAUGUUAAAACCAUGCCAGGCACAGGGCUACCGGAGGCUCUUCUCAAAUACCAAGCCGAGGAGGAGCAAAUGGUGAUGAGCAAUGCCGAGGAGCACGAAAGGGAAUUCUUUCGCAAAUAUUACCCGCCGUGCAAGAUUAGGCCUGCGGACCUGGAGCGCGUGUACAGCCCAGAGGACGUUAGGCAGCUGUGCCUGCGUACCAAAGUACGAGUCAACAUGACACACCUCAACUGCGUGUGGGACGCCAAGAAGCGGCUUAAUGCGAAGAAUCGCCUUGAAAAUCGUUCGGAGCGCUUCAUAAAUGCCAUGCUCAUCAAGGCGGUGGCCAGGAAAAUGGUGGAACCCUACACAGACGAAGAGGUGGCCGAAUACAAUCUCGUAGCCAAAAGCGAGCUGAAAAAGCAGAAUAACUUUCGACUGGAUCGUUAUAAGCGAGAGCGUGAGGGCAUAGGCCCGGAAGCUACAGAUGUCACCACCUCGUUCUCACAGCCUUUAUUAAACGAUUCAGCAGCGGCUGUAUUUGUCCAGCCAGACCAGCCGACGACACCUUUCAAUGCGACAACGGCGAUGCCUGAAAACGACUUUUUGUCGACCGGCAUCGAUUCUGAUGAAGAACUGUGGGGCAUUGGUCAGGAUGAGAUUGAAAUACCACCAGAAACGCAGCUAACCGAGUCCGUGUCGUGUGAUCUGGGCCACGAUUGGGUGCAAGCGGGACUGCAGGUCAACUCGGAGAGCAUGUCUCUGGACGAGGACAUCAAUUCACAGUCGCAGGCCCUGCCAGGGCAUACAGUAGACAGUGAGGAUUACAAUGAAUUUGGUACUCAAGUAGCAGCCGCAUCCACGCAGGAGAAUCAGCCAUGAAUCAGUAAUUGCGGAAAACGAAUUGGAGUUUAUUGGAUGUUUAUAUAUAUAUAUAUAUGUAGAUAUAUUUGUUGUUGCUCUGGGUGUGUAAAAAACUUCAUUAAAAAACACGAUGUCGAUUAAAAUCUAGAUUUUAGGAAAUUAUUGAGUAAAAAUAUUAAAAAACCUUAACUAACAA